AUGGCUGUCUUUUGGUGCAGGGUUGUUUAUGCUCCUGGCAAGGUUUUGAUGACUGGGGGAUAUCUUAUUUUGGAGAGACCGAAUCCAGGGCUUGUUCUCAGUACAAGCGCUCGUUUCUAUGCUAUUUUUAAACCUCUUCUCGAAGAAAUUAAGCCCGAUAGUUGGGCCUGGACAUGGACAGAUGUGAAAGUGACAUCUCCUCAGCUUAAUAGAGAAAGCAUGUAUAAGUUGUCAAUGAAAAAUCUGACGCUUCAGAGUGUUUCAAGGCAAGUUUAUACUGGGUGUCUUGAUAUCACCAUUUUAGGUAGCAAUGAAUUUUAUUCAUAUCGGAAUCAGAUUGAAGCACGUGGACUCCCUUUGUUGCCUGAAUCAUUGGCUGCUCUUCCUCCUUUUGCAUCAAUUACUUUCAAUUCUGGGGAAUCCAGCGGAGAAAAUAGCAAGCCAGAAGUUACAAAAACUGGAUUGGGUUCAUCUGCUGCUAUGACAUCUUCGGUGGUUGCUGCUUUGCUUCAUUACCUGGGAGUUGUUGAUCUUGCUCACGUGAAGGGCACUGCAGAUCUGGAUGUGGUGCAUAUUAUAGCUCAAACUGCUCAUUGUAUUGCACAGGGGAAAGUUGGCAGUGGAUUUGAUGUUAGCUCUGCAGUUUAUGGUAGCCAUCGUUAUGUCUGUUUUUCACCAGAAGUAAUCUCUUCUGCUCAGGUUGCCAUAAAAGGUGCUCCCCUGGGAGAAGUGGUUAUCGAAAUUUUUAAAGGAAAAUGGGACCAUGAGAGGACAAAGCUAUCCUUGCCACCAUUAAUGAAUCUUGUAAGCAUGCAACCAGGAACUGGAGGAUCAUCUACACCAUCAAUGGUAGGUGCUGUUAAAAAAUGGCAAAAGUCUAACCCCAAAAAAUCACAGGAAACAUGGACAAACUUUUCAGGGCGUCAAAAGAGAAUUGAUGCACCAAACAUUUCAGCAGCUGUGCUCAUAUUAUGUCUGGAUACGAAAGACAUAUUGCUUCAUAAUUUUCCUUUCCAUUUUUUCAGUGUUGGUCCUGAGGAUGCUGCAGUUGUUGGUAAUCAACUGUCAGAAGAAGAGAAAACUACUCUUCAGUCUAGGCAAAAAGCACUUGCAGACUUACAGCAAAUGUAG